CGGCGAGGCUGUUUCCCGGCGCGGUCGUCUCCGUGUCGGUUGCCCUCUUGUCCCGCCAGCCCAACGCAUCCACGAAUCUGAGCAGGCCCGAGCAGCGGAAUCCAAACAACCCGAAAUGAAGAAGAAGGUGCUUUUGAUGGGCAAGAGCGGCGCGGGCAAGACGUCCAUGCGCUCGAUCAUCUUUGCAAACUACAUAGCCAAGGAUACCAGGCGUCUUGGCGCAACCAUCGACGUCGAGCACUCGCAUGUGCGGUUUCUGGGCAACCUGGUGCUGAACCUGUGGGACUGCGGAGGCCAAGAUGUCUUUAUGGAAAACUACAUCAACUCGCAGCGCGAACAGAUCUUCCGAAACGUCGAGGUCCUGAUCUAUGUGUUUGACGUCGAGUCGCGCGAAUACGAAAAGGACGUGCGCUACUACCAGAACUGUCUCGAGGCCAUCAAUCGGUUCUCGAGAGACGCCCGCAUCUUCUGCUUGAUCCACAAGAUGGAUCUUGUCCAGGAGGAUAAGCGGGAACAGACAUUCCGUGAACGAGAGCAAGACCUGUUGCGCCGCUCGCAUCCGAUGCCGAUCAUGGCCUUCAAGACAUCGAUUUGGGACGAGACACUGUACAAGGCUUGGUCGUCGAUUGUGUACUCGCUUGUCCCGAACGUCCAGCUGCUCGAGAACCAAAUCGAAAACUUUUGCCGGGUCUGCGAGGGAGACGAGGUUGUGCUUUUCGAGCGCGCGACCUUCCUGGUCAUCUCGCACUACACACAGGUCACGCACUCGGACCCACAUCGAUUCGAAAAGAUAUCCAACAUCAUCAAGCAGUUCAAACUGAGCUGCAGCAAAUCCCAGUCGCAGUUCCAAUCCAUGGAGAUCCGCACGCCGAGCUUUGCCGCAUACAUCGACGUGCUGACCAACAACACAUACAUCAUGAUCAUCGUCUCGGAUCCCAGCAUCCAACCCGCUGCCACGCUGAUGAACAUCAAAGCUGCCCGAGCUCAUUUUGAGACGAUCGAGACGGGACGGCUGCAGUGAGGCUCUCCCCACACCCGCCACAAAGACGACGCAAGAGAAAGGCCGGGACGGAGGCGUCUUGCAUAUGACCCUGGGGUGGCGAGAGUCGGGGCACGAUUGCUGGCCAAGAACCAGUGCGUCGAGGACUUGCUUGGGAAGGCGGCGGCGACUUGGCCUCUGCCAAAGCGCACCUGACAUCAAGAGGGAAAAAAGAUGUCCAAGCCGAGGGACAAUGCUGUGCAGAUGGAUGAUCUCCAUUGCAUUUGGGGGGGGGAGUGCUGUUCUGCCUCAACCGCAAAUACACAACAGCACUGUGGGUUUGGCUGGACGAACGAA